CCAUUUGACACAGCAGAGAAGAAAGUUACAGCUGGGGCGUGGUUUGAUAUCUCGCUAAAUUAUCUCCCAGCAGGCUCCAACAAACACCACAAAGACGUGUUUAGCAGCUUUUGUCGUCUGCAACAUUAAAAUGGACCAAAAGUGGAUUCUGGUGAUUCUGGUGUUUUGUCAAAAAAUGACUUCAGGAGCUGGUGAAGACAAAACCGUAAAGGAAGGGCAGCUGGUUGAAAUCAACUGUGCGCUUCAAGAGAAAGGCUCCUUGGUCAUCUGGUUUCGACUUCUGGACACAUCUGGCAUGGAAUUCAUUGCAUCUUUCAGCAACAAUGGCAUGCCCAAGUACGUCACAAACUCCUUCUCCAAAACCUUCAGUGAGUCAAGGAUUCAGCAAGAUGUCCUAAUACUCCGCUCAUUCAACACAAUUAGUGACAGCGGCGUUUACAACUGUGCGUCUCUCAAAGGCAAUGAACUGAAAUUCGGCAUAGCAACCCGACUGGUCAUGGAAAAAGUUGAAGUCGCAGUAGAUAAAGCAUCGCAGGCCACCAAUCUAAAUAUCUGCACGACUGCCACGCCAUGUGUUUGUAACAAGCAAGGGGAAACCAGUCCUCAAAUGUUUUGUACUCCAAUCAUCCUGGGCCCACUGGCCGGCGGCUGUGGCCUUCUUCUUCUACUCCUCAUCAUCACCGCCGUGUACUGCAACCAGAUAAGGACACGGAGAUGCCCACACCAUUACAAAAGAAAACCGCGGGUGGAGGCUCCUGGAAAACAAAUGAUGACCAACAGACAUGUUUAAUCUAAAUGGUGUCAUUUCAUUUCAUUUCUUUAAACAGCAAAUAUUUCACAGCGUUGUUUUCCUGCUGAAUGAAGUUUAAUGACCAUCAUGAUGAAUAUUUUGCUGCCAACUUAAAAGGUUCUUAUUGAUUGUGAUAGGCAAUAUCAAAAGUGUUUGAGGAUUCAAUGUAUCAAAUGCAUUCAUAGAUCCUUAUCGCCAAAAUACAGUUUUAAGUGCAUCGUGGUUUGAUGGACGAUAAAGCUUCGCUGUCACAUUCUGAAUCAACAUUUAAUGAAUAACGUGAAAUGAAAUGUCUGUUUAUCCCCAUGACUGUUGAUAAUAAUAGAAACCACUGAAGUCCUGAGAAUAUUACAAGUAAGCAGAUUUAUGUUUGUUUUAAAAUUAAUGCAAAUAUUGUAUUGCACUAAUUUUGCUUUUGUAAAUAGCCAAAGAUCAUUUUAAACAGUUUCUUCUGCGUAGUCUCCCUACGUUGAGUUUUAUAUUACUGUACCUUCCUUUAAGGUUGGGAUUUAAACAUUUUUAAACUGGAACUUAAUUUUCCUUUAGCUUGAAAACAUUUAAUAACUGCAGUUAACGGAGGAUAACUUGAAAUGUUUUGAUAAUUUCUUUAAUCAAGUCAAUUUCUCACAAUUCAAAUUUCUGUGGUUUGAAGGUAAUGAGACAUUUUUCUUUCUUUUGUUAAAUUGGAUGUACAGUAUUUUAGAAUUAUCCUUCUUUCUGAGUUUUUGUAACUUGAAAUAUUGUAAAAAAUAAAUAAAAUAUAUUAUCACUAAAUGAA